AACGAACCUUGUACAGUACAGAUCUACCUCUUUUCCAGGCAGAACUCGAUACAAAUAUCUCCAUCUCCUCCACCCUCUCUCCCCCUCCUCCUAUUCCUCCCUCCUCACCACCUCAACCCCCUCAAAAUGACCACCCCCACCGUCCAAGGAACCAACCACCCCGCCUUCGCCGCCGUGCGCGCCCUCUUCGCAACGCACCUCCAAACCGGCACCGAAACCGGCGCCUCGCUCUGCGUAAGCAUCAACGGCCGCACCGUCCUCGACCUCUGGGGCGGCUCCACCUCCGGCACCAGCCCAGCAGACUGGCAAGAAACCACCCUCGUGCCCGUCUGGUCCCUCACCAAACUCCUCACAGCCCUCAGCACGCUCCUCCUCAUCGACCGAGGCCAACUCUCCCCAACCGCCGCCGUCAGCUCCUACUGGCCGGCCUUCACCGCCUCCCCCGACAUCCAAGUCCGGCAUCUCCUCAGCCACACCUCCGGCCUGGCGGGGUGGGAUGCCCCCGCCCCCAGUCCCGCCGAGAUCUACGAUGUCGAGGCGUGCACCGCGCGUCUCAUCGCGCAGGAUCCCUGGUGGGAGCCGGGGACGGCGUCCGGGUAUCAUAUCCUCUCCUACGGGUUUCUCCUCGGGGGACUUAUAAGGGCGGUGACCGGCCGGGGGUUGAGCGAGUUCAUCCAGACGGAGUUGGUGGUUCCGCUUGGGGCGGAGGGCGGGUUCUAUCUGGAUGUCCCGGAGCGGGAAUGGGGUCGUAUUGCGACGCUGGUUCCGCCGUCCACCGUCGAGGUGCCGACGCUGGAGCCGGGUAGUGUGGCUGGAAAGGCGAUACUGAGCGCGUCCGGGGCGGUGGGUGUGGAGAGCCCGGCGACCCCGGAGUUCCGGCAUGCGGAGAUGGGGGCGUCCGAUGGGUUUGGGAAUGCCAGGGCAUUGAACAGGAUUUUGGAGGUGGUGACGUUGAAGGGGGUGGUGGGGGGCAAAAGGUAUCUGCAGGAAGAGACGGUGGAUCUGAUCUUUCAGGAGCAGGUGUCCGGCGUGGAUUUGGUGCUCGGGCUGCCGGUGACGUUUGGGGUGGGCAUGGCGAUGGCCAGGCCUUCGGGGCCGAGUUGGUUGCCCGAUGGGCGCAGGGUGGGAUAUUGGACGGGGUGGGGCGGGUCGUUGGGCUUGGUCGAUGUUGAGAGGGGCGUUACCGUCACGUAUACCAUGAAUAAGAUGGAUAUGGGGUUGGUCGAGAAUGAGCGCGCCAGGCAGUAUGUGGGUGCGAUUUAUGCGGCGUUGGAGGGCUAUUUGGCGGCCGCGCAGUAGAUCCGCGGUGUUUAGAGACAGCUAGUAGCUGAGAUAUAUACUGUGGGAGAGGUGGAGCUGGGCGCUUGGAUAGCUUCAUUGUUGGUGGAUAUAUUGUGUACUGCAUGCAUACUAGGUCCCUGGAAUACCAUUUCAUCAUCUUACUUCAUAGCAA